AUGGACUUUUUCAACACCAGUACCUACCAAUACUUUCUUCUGUCUGGCUUUUCAGGUUUGGAAAGCUCACACAAAGUGAUCUCCAUUUUGUUCUGUGCCCUAUACAUUAUUGCCCUGGUGGGUAACAGCAUCAUCAUAGUGGUUAUCAGGGUAGAGCCAUCCCUUCAUACUCCCAUGUACUUUUUUCUCUCCAUGCUGGCUGCCAGUGACCUGGGUCUCUGUGCUACCACUCUGCCCACUUUGCUUGGGCUCUUUUGGUUCAAUGUGCGUGAAAUCAACUUUGAUGGCUGCCUUGUCCAGAUGUUCUUCAUCCAUGUUUUCUCACUAAUGGAAUCAGGCAUCCUGCUCAGCAUGGCUUUUGAUCGUUACAUGGCCAUCUCCAAUCCACUCAGGUAUAGUGCUAUUUUGACGAAUACAGCUAUUGCCAAGAUCGGGGUUGGGCUGUUGCUAAGGGCCGUGGCUGUUAUAUUGCCAGGCCCCUUUCUCAUUAAGAGACUGAAGUUUUGUGAGGCCAAUGUGCUCUCCCACUCCUACUGCCUACAUCCAGACAUCAUCAAGCUCUCCUGUUCUGACCAUCGCAUCAAUAGCAUUUACGGCCUCAUCAUCAUUCUCAUCACCUUUGGUGUGGAUUCUGCCCUUAUCCUGCUGUCUUAUUUGAAGAUCUUGAUCACUGUACUAGGCAUUGCCUCCCGUGUUGAACAGCACAAGGCGCUCAACACUUGUGUCUCCCACAUCUGUGCUGUGCUGUUGGUCUAUGUCCCUAUGCUGGGGGUGUCUAUUAUCCAUCGCUUUGGGAAACAUGUUCCCUCGGUAGUGCACAUUAUCAUGGGCUAUGUAUACCUGUUGGUCCCUCCUGUCCUCAACCCUGUAGUAUACUGCAUUAAAACCCAGGAAAUACGUACCCGCAUUCUGGGCAAUCUAAUGAAAUCAUAG